GGAGGGAUUCGGGGGGCAAAAAGCUGCCCAGAAUGUGGGGAGCGCCGGUUGGCCUGGGGGGCCACCCCACUCCCCCCAGCCUGCUGCCACCCACCUGCCUCCUGGCCCUGCACGCAGGUCUCCUGGCGGGGGUGAACAUCACCAGCCCCACGGCUCUGGUCCGCGGCACAGCGGGCAAGGCAGCGCUGCUGUCGGUGCGUUACGCCAGCGCCAGCGCCGACAAGCCAGUGGUGAAGUGGCAGCUGAAGCGCGACAAGCCCGUCACCGUUGUCCAGUCCAUCGGCACCGAGAUCAUUGGCAACCUCCGGCCCGACUACCGCGACCGCAUCCGGGUGCUGGAGAAUGGCUCCUUGCUCAUCAGCCCUUUGCAGUUGUCUGAUGAAGGAGCUUAUGAGGUAGAGGUGUCCAUCACUGAUGACACCUUCACCGGUGAGAAGACCAUCAACCUCACCGUGGACAUCCCCAUCUCAAAGCCACAAGUGCUGGUGGCAUCCUCAACGGUGCUGGAGCUUAGUGAGUUCUUCACCCUCAACUGCUCGCACGAGAACGGCACCAAGCCCACCUACACCUGGCUGAAGGACGGGCGGCCGCUGAGCAACGACUCCCGCCUGCUCCUCUCCCCUGACCAGAAGAUCCUCACUAUCACCCGUGUUCUCAUGGCUGAUGAUGAUGUCUACAGCUGCCUGGUGGAGAACCCCAUCAGCCAUGGCCGUAGCAUCCCUGUGAAGCUCACCGUCUACCGCCGGAGCUCCCUCUACAUCAUCCUUUCCACAGGCGGUAUCUUCCUCCUUGUCACCCUGGUGACAGUUUGUGCCUGCUGGAAGCCCUCCAAGAAGGAGAAGUGCCAGGCGGAGACGCAGGCAGCCCCCGAGUUCUCUGAGCAGGACGAGGAGCGCCUGAAGCAUGAGGCCGAGAGCAUCCCACGGAGCAGCGACCACGACCGCAAGAAUCCGGUGGCCUUGUACAUCCUCAAGGACAAGGUAAGCAGCGGGUUGCUUGUCGGCAUGGCACUGUCUUGCGAGCUUGGCACACUUGGCUACCCUUUUCACCCCGCCUCCCCGGCCCGGGCCGCCGGCCGCUCGCCGGGCCCACCAGUGGGGCGCUCCACUCGCCGCUACCAUCGCUCGCCGGCGCGCUCACCCGCUUCUACGCGGACCCACCGCUCACCCCCUGGUUCACCAGCACGUUCCCGUGGGGCCCCGCGGCUGCUGCGGACUGCUGGCGUCCACGUCAUCCGGGAGCAGGAGGAGGCCAACGCUGUGGAGAUCAGUGCCUGA